AUGUGUGUGUGUUUGCGCACGUGUGCAAAGUUGUGUGUGUGUGUGUGUGCGUUAGUGAAAGUAGAGCUUUAUUGCCCGGCCAGAAGACCGGCCAGGGCUGUCGCCCGAUUGUGGCCAAUCCGAUUGCGUCUGGCAAGUCGGCUGGACUGGGAAGCGGUAAGUUGUGGCAAAAGUAUUUUCGCCCAUUUUGCCAUUCUCUUCACGAGUGGAUGUCUCGCAACUGAUGGUCAGGCAGUCGCGAGGCCACAAUGGACCCGAGUGCCCCGUGACGGGCCGACCCGGAGCAUGUCAACCGCACACUCCGCGACUCCACGUCGACACACCGCCGGUCCUGUGCACUCGAAGAUGCCUCGCCUCAGGCCCGGAGGCAUGAGUAUACAGCGAAACUUUGACGAGGGAGUAGGAAAUUUGGUAAAAAGUCGACGCAAAAGUUUACAACACACAACUCCAACAUAG